CGUUGCCGAGAUCCUCCAGCAGCCUGUCCGACGUGCCAGUGAAUACAGAAGGCCCAGUGUGUUAUUAGACGAUGCUAGUUAGAGUUGCGCAUAAACACCCAACCUUUUAUCAGUAUUAAUCAUAUGCGCGUCAGGAUGAUUAUAGAAAAUGUUGACGCUCUGAAAUCCUGGCUUGCUAAACUUCUUGAACCCAUAUGUGAUGCUGACCCAUCUGCACUGGCGAACUAUGUUGUGGCGUUAGUAAAGAAGGAUAAACCAGAGAAAGAACUCCGAGCAUUGUGUGCGGAUCAGUUGGACGUGUUUCUUCAGAAAGAGACUACAGGGUUUGUUGAUAAACUCUUUGAAUGUCUAACCACCAAAAAUUAUUUGGGAAAUCCAGCUGCUAAAGAAGAAAGUAAAAUCCCAGUGCAGAAGCUUGAGGAGAAGGAAGAGCCUGUUCAUGUCGAAGACGAUAGGGAUAACAGAAGAAGAAGAAGCCCAUUGAGGAAUCGCCCAGACUUCAAUGAAUCAAGGGUUAGAGAUGACCGCAGGAGAGACGACCGUAAGCGACGGGAACUGGACCGUCACGGGAAGAGCGGAGAGUCGUACCGGGAGCGCCAUGAUCGACGAGGAGGAAGCUCACGGGGAAGAAGCUACAGUCGCAGCCGGAGUCGCAGCCGGAGCAGCAGCCAUGGAAAGAGCCGAGAACGAGAGCACAAUCAGAGGAGAGCCGAGCACAGAUCCAAGUUUGAUCAGGAGCGGAAGGACGCGGAGCCUUACAACCCAUCCUCUGCCCACAUGGGUAACCCACACCACCAGCAGAGUCACCCGCCCCCCCUGCUCCCCCUUCCCCUUCCCCAGCACCAGUUCCCCCCCUCGGGGACCCCCGCCGUCCCCAACGCCGUCACCGUGGCAGCGCCGGCUCACCUGCCCGACAGCACCACAGAGAGCUGGUCCACUUACUUCACCAACCACAAAGACGGAAAGACCUUCAACAAGAUCAGCACGCUCAAACACCGCUGCAGAGACUACGACGAGAAAGGAUUUUGUAUACGAGGUGAUCUCUGUCCGUUUGACCACGGUAAUGACCCUCUGAUUGUGGAUGACGUCACACUUCCUACCAUGAUCCCGUUUCCACCACCGCCGGUCCUGCCACGGAUGCCCAUGCCCCCCAUGACUGAACCCCCCCCUGGAAUGCCCAUGCCCCUCCCACCCCACGGGCAGCCGCCGCCCCCGGGCAUCUACCCCAUGCCAGGGCCUCCUCUAAUCCCAGCUACUGGGAUAGACACUCCACCCCACUCCAGAACCAGAACCUCUUCCCCUUUGGCCCUGCCUGGAGUGGGACCACCUCCUCCUCCACCUCCACCACCACCACCACCACCACCUCCUUCCUCUUCUUCCUCCUCUUCUGCCUCUCUCCAUCCUCAAUACACUCUCUCUGAAUACAGCUACGACCCCGAGGCCUAUAACCCAGAGUCCCCGGCACUGACCGGCCCAGGCAGAGCUCAGUACCGUCAUUUCAUCCCUCGCAUCCAGACGCAGAGACCCAACCUCAUCGGCCUUACCUCUGGUGAUGGACAAAACUCACGAGGUAUCAGAUCUAACAUAGUGAUUCAGACGGAGCCGUCUGUCCCGAGUGUGUCGAGCAGUGAGGCGAGGUUCAACUCUGAGCAGGAGAACAGGAAGAGGUGUCUGCCGUCGGGUGACGGGCCACUGAUCAAAAAACCCUGGAUGGAAAAACAAAACUUCAAUAACCAGCAUAAACCCAUCUUCCCGAAAAAGAUUUAUUACGUCAACACCAAACUGGAGGUCCGCAAAAUCCCCCGGGACCUCAACAACAUCACCAAACUCAAUGAGCACUUCAGCAAAUUUGGAACCAUAGUCAACAUUCAGGUGGUGUUCGGGGGCGACCCAGAGGCAGCACUGAUCCAGUACACAGCCAAUGAGGAGGCUCGGAGGGCCAUCUCCAGCACUGAGGCCGUUCUCAAUAACCGCUUCAUCAGAGUCUACUGGCAUAGAGAGCCCACAUCCAGCACACAGGAGCAGGGACCCGGUCAGAACACAAACCCUGGCCAGCAGCAGCCCACGGCACACAAGGUCAUUAAGCAGCACCCUGCAGGAGCUUACGCGCUGAAUAAUACCUUCCCCAAACACCAGACUGCCACGGGAAUCAUGGGCGGCACGGAACCCACCAGCCCGAACCAAGAGCCAUCAGUGGGUUUGACGCCAUCUUCGAGUUUACCGAAGGGUCCGUUCUCACGCACGGUGUUGAAAACCGCAUCAAAGUCAUUGGGAAAAACGGGCAAAGCGCUGGAAGCUCAGGAGGUCCUGAAGAAGAAGCAUGAGGCGUUGAAACUGCAGCAAGACAUGAGGAAGAAGAAACAAGAAAUGGUUGAAAAACAGAUCGAAUGUCAGAAGGUGCUGAUAAACCGCCUGGAAAAGAACAGAGGGAUGAAGCCAGAGGAGAGAGCAAACAUCAUGAAGACUCUUAAAGAACUGACAGAAAAGAUCUCUCAGCUGAAGAAUGAGAUCAGCCCGACCGCACCAGCUCCUGCCAACACUACACAAUCAAAGUCCAAAACAGACGCACAGAAAGAGUUGCUGGACGCGGAGUUGGACUUCCAUAAGAAGUUGACGUCAGGAGAAGACACAACAGAUCUGAAGAGGAGGUUGGGUCAGUUGCAGGUGGAGGCCACCCGGCUGGGCCUGAUAUCGGCGGGACGGGGCAAACCCCCAGCGCUACCGGCCCGGGGCAGAGGGAGGGGCAGGGGGCGGAGCCUCAGGGGGCGUGGCGGAGGCAAUCACAUGGUGGUGGACCACAGGCCUCGAGCCAUCUCUAUUAUCGGCUUCACACAGGAAGAGAAGGAGGAGCUCAUGCCGCACUUCGUGAAAUUUGGCGAGAUCGAGGAGCUUCGCGACCACGACGCUACCAGUGUCAUAAUGACCUUCAAAACCCGCAGUGAAGCAGAAAACGCUGCAAACCAAGGAGCAAAGUUCAAAGGUCGAAUUCUACAGAUCUCAUGGUACAAACCUAAAACCCCAUCUGUGUCCACCGAACCAGAAGAGGAAGAUUCGAAGGACGAGGUCAACGCUGCAGGAAUCCAUGUAAUGACGGAUCCAGUCAGCCCCUUUCUGCUUCCAGAGGAAGAGGAAGAAGACGAUGACGAAGAAGACGAAGACGAGAGCCGCUCAUGGAGGCGAUGAGGAAGGGGAGACGGCACCACUUUUUGUUCAAGGACUCUCAUUUUUAGUUUUUGUUUGUGAAAGUUAAUUUAAGUAUAUUUGAAUAAGACUUUAUUGUCUUUCUCUUUUUUUUUAAAGACGGUUUUCAGUAUUUUGAGACAUGGAGAAAUGAAAAAGGCAAAGCGCGUUCUCCGUACGAGAAUGUGAGACGUCUGUGGAGAUUUGCAGUGUUUCUGUCACUCUGAAAUGUCUGCUUUAUGUAUCAAACUCUCACUUUUGCUGAGAUGGGAAACAUUUUGUUUCACUGUGCAUGAGCAGAUGUCAGUAACUCACAACAUUUGUGACUACUGUGAAUUAUUAUUAUUUUUUUUGCCUGAAUUGUUUCACCCAUCCCCCCCCCCAGUUUAAUAUGAUUUAACAUGUAACGUCAUCUGCACUUUGGUGGAAAUUCUCCCGAUGGAUGCACUCUUUUGGCAUCUCUUUCCUUUGUGAAGAAACGAAAUGCCCUCAUGAUGUUUUCACAAACAAACAACAAAACGCUUUUGUAUCUGCUCUGUAACGUUUAGGCAAUAUAGUGGAUUUUUUUUCCUUCUUAAUAUUAGUGUCACUUCCUGUAAAUAUGGACUCUAUAGAAGAUAUAUGUGGCACAGUUGAUUUUGGUCAGGGUGUUCAUAUUUAUUUCUCACAUCUCUAGAUGAUGUUCCAAAACCAAAAAGCUUUGGAUGAGGGUCCGAGAAUAUGAUUCUUGUUAAUUGAGGUAAAAUAUGAACAGUGGUGUUGUGAAAUUGACUUACACUUCAUUUACGCCUUAAAUUGUCAGUGUCCAGCUGACGUUUUACGAGAUAAUUCCCCUUUUUUGUGUAUAUUUUGUAAAUGGUUGCAGUAAUAACGACUGCUCGCUUCAUUAUUUUAGCCGGUCGAAUUAAUGAGUCGCUCAACGGAUCGCAUUCAAAAUUUUUAGGCUUAUUUAAGUGAGUGUAGGACUAAAAAAACACACUCUUAUAAGAUUACACCACGCUUUAUAUAGGUUUUUUUUUUUUUUUUUUUUGUGACACUCCACUCAUUUCAAAAGCCUGGUCCUGCAGAAAUGGGUCCCGUUUCUGUAACCUUCAAUAUUACCCAAUAGCAUGCUGGCGUAUGUAUGCGUGUUCAUUUGGAAAAAAAAGAAAAUGUGUAUGUAUGCAUAUAUAUUUUUUUAAUAUUCAUAUUUACAUACUUUGCUAAAAUGAAAUCUAAGUUUAUAGUUCCUUUUACUGAAGGACCAGUGUAAAACGUAUGUAUGCUGUUGAUGUGACAGUAAUAGCACGUUUCGUAGCCAUUGGAAUUCAGUGAUGCACCCGUUUGCCCCGCUCUUCCCAAUCGAUGGUACAUAUUGUUUUUAGAAUCGCAACAAUGAUUUGUCAAUAACUCGGUUGUUCAUUUAAGGUCUGGCAGGUCUUAAUAUAGGUUUUGUACACGAGUCUAGUAGAAGGACUUGGGACUGUGUGUGUGAAUUUAAAGAAUGGAUUUUGCUCAUUUGUAUAACCGUUUUACUACGCCACAUUAGUGCAAAGUCAUACAUUUAGCGUAAAUAGAUUUUGACUUUAUUACUGUUUAUAAAUUUAAAUAUAUAUGGAUGUAUUUUUCAGUUUUUUGUUUGUAAAAUGGAUUUCUAACAGUUGCAUGUUUGCUAAUCAAUAAAGAGAAUGGAAUGGGGGUGAGCAAGAAGAAUAUCAAGAAGAAGAAAAAAAAAAACGUUUUCAAUUGGCCAAAAGUAAAAUGAUUUACAACAAAAGAUGGCUCAGCAAAAAAGAGAGAGAGAUAAAAAAGGAAGAAAAAAAUAUCAUGAUCCAUUCCAAGAAUUAUUCCCCUCUGAAA